AUGACUACUAUGGGGAAACACUUUGGCGGAAAUCUGGCGUUUGGUGCUUUCGGCGGACGAAAGGAGAUCAUGCAACAGUACGAGUUGUCCCAGAGGGUCCCUCUAUUCCACUCAGGAACAUGGAAUAACAACCGUUUCACAGUGGCGGCUGGAUUUGUCGGUACAAGUUUGCUGACGAGAAAAGCGCCCAAUAAAGCAAAUAGCCUUGGAGAUAAGCCCAGAGAUGUUGUGAACACAAUAUUCGAUCCAAAGGCCCUCCGAUUAGCUUCGCUCGAGGUUUUGGCAGUGUUGUGGGUUUUGCUUCUACAGUCCGGAUGCCGAUGUCGUACGAGAGUCAUUUUUCUAUCACAUGGUGAAGAAGAGGAUCUACAGACUACACUAGGCCUCGAGGAUUCAUAG